AUGGAUACUUCCCGAGGUCGUACACCGCAUCAGCCAGCUGCCAUCCAGCUCAACGUGCCACCGCAUCCACGCACAGAAGAACCAUGUGCCUGCAUCGGACAAAGCGGAGCCGAGAGCUACAUGAUCAUAAACCCAUUGCCCCACACGCCAACCCUUCAAACUAACACUCCAGCAUGGCAUCGCCCAACAUCACAGCUGAAGCCCUCUUCAACGCCGACGGCAUUGUUGCCGUGGUCACAGGAGGCGGCACUGGAAUCGGCUUGAUGAUUGCGAAGGCGCUUGCGGCGAAUGGCGCGCAGCGAGUCUACAUUGUCGGCCGCAGAGAAUCCGUCUUGCAAGAUGCAGCGCAAAGCAUCAAUUCGAACGUAGCGGUCCCCCUGCGCGGUGACAUAACCUCUCAGGCAUCCCUCGUCGCUAUCGCGGAGCGCGUCGAAUCGGAAACAGGCUACCCCCCUCCCUCCAUAUCCGAGUACCGAGCGCACGCUUUGCAGACGCCCAUGGAGGACUUCACGCAGACGUAUGCGAUCAACACAACAGGCGUAUACUACACAACGCUGGCCUUCCUCGAGCUGCUCGAUGCUGGCAACAAGAAGGGGAAUAUGGGCCCAGACUGGAGAAGCCAGGUUGUGGCUACUAGCAGCAUUGGCGGCUUCAGCAGGCUCCGGGGCGCAUCGUUCGCAUACAAUAGCAGCAAGGCAGCGGUGACGCACAUGAUGAAGAUGCUGGCAACCGCCUUUGUGCCUUAUAGGAUCCGCUGCAAUGUUCUCGCGCCGGGUAUCUUUCCGUCUGAUCUUGCGGGUGGGAUGAUGAACACCCUCGGUCCAGGGCAUGACGGGGUGUUUGACACCUCUGUGGUGCCGGCAGGAAGAGCGGGAAAAGAGGAAGAUAUUGCGGGCGCUUACUUGAAUGGCAGCGUCGUUGUGGUCGAUGGAGGACGUCUUGGGACGCUUGUAUCGACAUAUUAG